AUGGAUUGCAAAGAUAUCUCCGCGGAAACUCUGUACGACGUGCUGCACGACAUCGAGUACCGGAAAAAGUGGGACACGAACGUCAUCGAGACUUUUGACAUCGGCAAGCUGACCGUCAACUCAGACGUGGGAUACUACGCCUGGAAGUGCCCGAAACCCCUCAAGAACCGCGACGUCAUCACGCUGCGUUCCUGGCUGCCGAUGGGCAGCGACUACAUCAUCAUGAACUACUCGGUCAAACACCCUAAAUACCCCCCGCGGAAGGACAUGGUCAGGGCUGUCUCUAUCCAAACGGGCUACCUGAUCCAGGCGAAAGGAGCCAAGAACUGCAGCCUCACCUACCUAGCCCAGGUAGACCCCAAAG